AUGUUUGCCUGGAACACAAACAAGCUUUCACAGAGGGCAUUUCUUGCCUGCCGUGGCCUCGUCAAACACCAGAUGUGCUUGUCGCAAGUCCGUUUGAUGUCAUCAAAACCAGAGAUCAAAAACGAUUGGACGAAGGAGGAAGUUGCUGAGAUCUACAAUCGUCCCCUGAUCAAUUUGAUUUUUGACGCUGCUUCAGUGCAUAGGAAGUUUCACAACCCCCGUGAGGUGCAGCAGGCCACGCUUCUCUCGAUCAAGACAGGAGGUUGCAUCGAGACAUGCUCCUAUUGCAGUCAGAGCAGCAGCUGGAGCAAAGACACCAAGAUGAAGGCAGAGAAGCUUCUCGAGCUCGAUGACGUGUUUCAGGCUGCCCUCGAUGCCAAGGCAGCAGGAAGCUCUCGUUUCUGCAUGGGGGCUGCAUGGAGAGGCCCCUCGCAAGUUGGGCCGAAGCAGUUUGAGCGCGUGCUGGACAUGGUAUCCAAAGUUCGGUCUCUUGGAAUGGAGGUUUGCACCACUCUCGGGAUGCUGACGGAGGAUCAAGCGAAGCAGCUGAAGCAUGCAGGCCUGAGCUGCUACAAUCACAACCUCGAUACGAGUAGGGAGUACUACUCCGAGAUCACCAGCUCCAGAACUUACGAUGACCGCCUCGACACUCUCCAGAAGGUCAGAGACGCUGGCAUUAGUGUCUGCAGCGGAGGAAUCAUUGGCAUGGGAGAGAAGGAGCUGGACAGAGUCGGCUUGCUCCACAUGCUUGCUACUCUUCCAGAGCACCCCGAGUCAGUUCCCAUCAACGCCCUUGUGCCGGUUGAAGGAACUCCGCUGGCCAAGAAAGACAUUAAAGGACCAACGGGUUUGGAGAUGGUCAGGUGUGUUGCCACCGCCAGGAUCAUCAUGCCCAAGUCCAUGGUCAGGCUGUCAGCAGGGAGGAUGGACCUUUCCAUCGCUGAGCAAGCACUCUGCUUCAUGGCUGGAGCAAAUAGCAUCUUUGCAGGAGACAAGUUGCUCACUACCCCCAACGCCGAGAGGGAUUCUGAUGCUGAGAUGUUCACGGCACUGGGCCUCUUGAACAAGCCAGCCUUCAAUGGCGAGGAGGAACCCUUUGAGAUUCCUCCCACUCGUGAAGAGUCGAUCAGGAGGAGAGAGGAAUGGCAAGCUCUAAAGAAUGUGUCGGCCUCAGGCAAAGGAUGUGAGGCCAUUAAGACAUCGGCAUAA